AUGAUGAAUGUGUUGGUUUCUAUCCAUAGCAAGCUCUCGGUCUCCAAACCCAUACACUAGUUCUCUCAAACCAAAACCAUCCGCCAAACAUAGUCUACAACUAAAAACCCAGAAGCACCUCACCCAUCUCACCUCGACAAACAUACCAACUCCAAAACUUUAACAAAUAUUAGAUACAAAAUUAGUGUUUUUGUUUCUCAUUUCAUGGGUAUCAUUCCCUAUUUGUUCCCUAUGAAAGUAAUCCGAUUUAAUGUUGUAUCUAAUAGACUACUACUGGGUUAAAUGUUCUGAUGUUGAGCUGUUGUGAUACAUUUUGUGUGUUUGUUCUUUGUAUUAUAUAUAAAAGAUUGCUGAAAUCACAACUAUCUGCGGUGUGCUUGGGUUUUCAAUUUCUGACAUUAGGGACUUCUACAAAUACUUUGUUUGAGAAUGAGUUUACUUGGGUGUCUAUAUGUUGGAAUUACAAGAUUGACUCUGUUGAUCUUCCCUUUUCAGAACCCAGUUUGAGAGUGGCCAGCUUGGAAGGAUCCCGUUGGUCAGUUUGUUUUGGAAGGGAACCAAAGGAUGGAUAAGUCAUGGAUGGAGGAAGAUAGAAGAUCGCUAAGUUUCGGUUAGGACUUGAUACAUUUCUUGAGUUUGCGUAAUGCGAGGGACAAAAAUAGUAUAUGCUGCUCUUGCUCAAUGUGCUUUAACAAUGAUGUAUGGUCCAUAAGGGUUCUUAAGGAGCAUAUAUUGUUCAAUGGUAUAGAUGUCAGCUAUAAGCAAUGGAAGCGGCAUGGAGAACCUUCAACUUCUGCCACUAAUGCCUUAGGGGAUUCUGAAACAGUACACAUGAACCCCAAUUUAGGGAUAGAAGGGGGAAACUUAAGGAAAAGGAAGGCUGAAGGGGGGAUCACCUCAUCUAGUUCAUAUGAUGUGCUAACCAUUGCAUCGGAGAAUCCCGAGCAUCAUGGUAGGGUUAAAGGUGUUGGUGGCAAUGUUAAGCCAUCUGCAUAUUUAAACUUGCCAAAACCACAAAGAAAGAGUAUGAAACAAACUGUGAGUUUACCGCUGAAGAAGAUGAUAGAGGAGGAGAUAUAUAGUAUGCUUGCAGAGGACAGAGCGCAAUGGGAGGAGAGGGGUAAAAAACAUGCUGAGGAAAGAGCAAUAUGGACUUAG